CAAACAUACACAUUUGCAGUUCGUUGAGCAUAGGAGUUCUGUGAUAAUAGUUUGGUGCAUGAUUAAUUAGUUAGUUAAGUAAUUAGUAAAAAUGUUUCUAAUCCAGGUCGUAUUCAGCUAGCAUCAAUAAUCUGGCAACCAUGUUCGCCGAGGAAAACUCACAGGAAUGGUUCUUCACUGAAGACCCACAAAACGAAAAUUGCAGGUCACGUCUGGGAAAAGGUGACUCCAGUAGCUCAUCUUCAGGAUCAAGUGUUUUAGUACCACGAAGAUGGCUUUUUAAGGUUCAAGUCCCUGAACUUCGCAAAGAUGAGGUGGUUUGCGUUGUAGGAAAUAUUGCCGAGUUGGGAAAAUUUAUGCCUGAAAAGUGCCGGGUUUUAAAACAAGAGGGGGAUGAUAUCUGGGCUCAGUACAUUGAAAUCCCUGAAAAAACCAGGAUCGAGUACAGAUAUUGCAUUUGCGUUGUGAUAGAGGAGGGGGUGCAAGUUAUAGUUAGGAAUUGGGAGACCAGAAUAUACCCCAGAACCAUAGGUUAUCAUGAUGAGUCUUCCGAAGACAAUAUUGACAUAUACGGGGACUUUAGCAACGAUGGGGAUCUUAAAAUUGAUAGGGGUUGGUUGAUAAAGGAAACUAUAGUACAAUUGAAGCUUUGCAAUGAUCCUCUUACUUUAUGGCGGCCAAAAUAUAGCAAUAGGACCCUUUUUAUUAAAGUAACACCUGUUAACUUGCAGCGGAAUAAUAUAAAAACCUCUCUAUCAGAAGCUCUAGAAGAGUCUCUGAGCACUGAUACACAAGAUCAAUUAGAAAGCCCUAAGCAUGCGUUCACUGAAGUGGCAAGUUUAAAUUCUGAUGACCCAACUUUCAAAGUGCAAACUCAAUUUGGUCAUGAGUAUAACAAUAACGAUCUUCUCAUUUUUCAAUCUACAGUUCUUUGCCCUGCUAACAUAGCGUUCCUGAUUGAUUUUUACGUGUACAGUAGCAGAUCUCAAGAGGGUGAGCCACCAUAUCAUGCCGGUUUCAGCUACUUGCUGCCUUCAGUAAUUCUUCAAAAUUCUGAGGGCAAAUGUGUUCUCCCUGUAACAAGUACAAAGCAUAGACCUCUAGGCCAAAUCCGUUUGGAAUACAUUGUUAUAUCCCCCAUGAAAACCUUUAACUGUAACAUGCUGACAACAUACCAAAGACACUGGAAGAAGAGUAGACCUACUUUAGAUGUUGGUCAUAGAGGCUCAGGGUCUAGUUUUAAAACUCAAAAUUGCGCUGAAGUCCGAGAAAAUACAAUUGCUAGUCUUAAAACAGCCAUUGCUCAUGGAGCUGACUUUGUAGAGUUUGAUGUACAAUUGAGUAAGGAUUUAGUGCCUAUUAUUUACCAUGAUUUCCAUGUUUGCAUUGCCAUGAAGAAGAAAAAAGAUCUACUGGACAGUGAUAUGUUGGAGAUACCUCUUAAGGAGUUAACUUUGGAACAACUUAGAAUGUUAAGGGUCUACCAUUUGACCGAAGCAAAAACGAAAAACCCCAAAACGUUCAACGAGGACGACUUGGAGGAGCACCAGCCGUUCCCCACGUUGAUGGAGGCCUUGCAAACUUUGGACCCGCACACGGGGCUGAACAUCGAAAUAAAAUGGACGAUGCAAAUGGCGGACGGUUCGUUCGAGUUGUACCAUCCGUACGACCUGAAUCUGUACUUGGACACGAUCUUGGAGGUGGUCCUGGCGCACGGCGACAAAAGGAGAAUCGUUUUUUCGUGCUUCAACCCGGACAUCUGCCAGGUCAUUCGGCUGAAGCAGAAUAAGUUCCCCGUGAUGUUUUUGACCAUAGGGGAGAGUCAGGUUUACGACAAGUACGCGGAUCCCAGAUGCUGGUCCAUCAAUUCCGCCACCCAGUACGCCUUGAUGAGCGAACUGUUGGGCAUUAACGUUCACACGGAGGAUAUUCUGCGCGAUCCGUCGCUGGUUCAGUUGGCCCAUAGAAAUCACCUAGUCAUUUUCUGCUGGGGCGACGAAAAUGCAGACCCCUCCACAAUAAAAUACCUGAAAAAAUUGCAGCUCCAUGGCGUGAUAUUCGAUAAAAUAAACCAAUUUUCCAGCAAGGAGGUGAAAGAGAGCAUUUUCUUGGUCGAAGCCAGGCAGUCGCAGAAGGAUUUGAUUAUUUUGGCGGCUGCCAAUGCCGAAAAGCCGCUCAGUCCUCAGCCGAUUACGAAUAAGGAUAGAAUUUUGGAUGUGGAAAAGGCGAGAGUACAUUUGGUCGACAAUUUGUCGACUGCCACCUCUUUGGAGAGCUUGGAAAGUAGGUUGUCUGACUAUCAAAAAAAGGCGCAAAAUAGUAAAAGCAAUUAGUUCAAUUUAAAAAAAAAAGACAAACAUCUUUUCCUGUGUUAUUUUAAUAAAAAAAUCAUCAUGUUAGGUAAUAUCAUGUUUUUAGGUAAAUAAUUUAUCCUCAAUUAUAUUUUUUGUAAAAAGAAUCAAGUGAUACAUAAAUUUUGUGUGACUUCUUUAUUUUGUGCACAUUUUAAUUCAAAUUGCAUCUUUUUAUUAUUUGUUUUUG